GGUCUUAUUUUACCUGCACCAAUUAAUCAAUGUCUGAGCAACCCAGGAAACACAGCCACGUAUGGACAUUCGAGUCUUAACAUGUUGGCCAGAGCGCAUGUGAGCCAUGGUUCAGACUAACCCACGUACUGUGUCUUUAAACAGAGCGAGGAGGCCGAAGGGCUGGGACAGCAGGGUGUAACCAGUUCAGCCAGACAGUCGUCACACAUGGCAGUGCUCCCGGACAGGCUCUGUGCAUUGGGAGGGAUUAUCUGGGGUUUAGUCACUUCACUGGUAUCAGAGGCGGAUGCACUAGGCACCCAGCCCAGGUCCACCCUGCCCCUCGCAAGGUGUUGUGCGCUACUUGCCAGAGAACUGAUGAAUACACACUUCCGCUUACAGGCUCAGCCCUCUGCUCUGUCACACCUGUAAGCUUUGGCACAACAGCACCUGAGCAAACUUGCGCCCUUAGGACAGUGGCUGGACUGGAGUCACAUACAGAAGCCGAGACCAGACCUGAGCCACUGCACAGAAGCUGAGGGAGAAUUAGAGAGGGGAGCCUGGAGCUAUCCUGUACCCCUUGGCAGAAGCUGGGAGAGAGUCAGAGAGAAGCCCGUGAUCUGAGUGCCAAGCAGCAAGUUCCUCUUGUACCUCUGAGCCUCCCGCUCCCUUCCUUUGCCCUGCAGGCCUGGGGGAGAUGAGCAUUUCAUCAGAGCACCGAUCCCUUGGGAAACAAGUCACGAGCAGCCUACAAACGCUGUCACCGAUCGUGGAGUUAAACAUUGGCGGGGAGGUGUACACAACAACCCUAAGCACCCUGAAGAAACACCCUGGCUCCAAGCUGGCAGACAUGUUUACUGGCCAGCCCAAGCUCAGGACUGACUCAGAGGGGAGGUUCUUCAUUGACAGGCCAGGCACCUAUUUUAAGUACAUCUUGGAAUACCUCCGCAGUAACCAGGUGCCCACCCAGUGCAUCCAGGACGUGUAUAAAGAGGCACUGUUCUAUGACAUCGAGCCUCUGGUCAAGAAGCUGGAGGACUCCCCUCAGAUUUUUGGGGAGGUGGUGGCAAGGAAGCAGUUUCUGGCCCGUGUGCCCAACUACAGCGAGAACAUCGAGCUGAUGAUUCGCAUCGCCCGGGCGGAGGCGGUAGCAUCCCGUCACUCCAGCGUCACAGUGUGUGUGGUCAGGACCGAGGAGGAUGCAGCCAAGUGCCACAACGCCCUGAACAGCUUGGACAUGGAUAAGAAAUCGGUGGUGAAGUUCGGCCCCUGGAAGGCGACGCCGAGCAUUUCUGACCUUUUGGAUUGCAUUAAAAUGGACAUUGAAGCCAAAGGAUACAAGAUUUCCUUCCAGCCCCACGUCACAGAGAAAGGCUUUCGGUUCAAAUCCUACGACUUCUUCUACAAAUUUCUGUUCACCUGGUGGUAGCAAAAGGGAACUCUUGGCAGUGAUUUUUAAACGGCUAUUAAAAUAAAUAGACUUCUGUUGUUUUAAUACAGAGAAUCUCUCAGCGAUCAGAUUCUGGGAUCUGGCCAAACUGCACACCGCACAAGUUGAGAUGUGUGCGCAAUGGGGGUGUAAAACCUCCCCACCCCCAUGCUAUUCCAAAACUGAGUCAAUCGUGUACAGGCCUGGUCUUCCGUGUAAGUCAGAGCAGCCUUAGACUGAUUGCUAACUGCCCCAAAGGGCAGAAACCACAGUCGGGACCAGAGCAAUAUAGGGUGCCCCGGUCUCAUCCUCUUUACUCUGACCUCAUUCUGUGCAAGCAUCCAGGGCUAGGAGUAGUGUUGCCUCUACACCAGCUCUGGGGCAAUCGUCCUGGGACUGAGUUAACCAGAUUUACAGCCAGAAACAGUGGUCAGUGUAGUACAAAGUAGCCUUAUUGGAGGAUCUGGAACAGAAUUUUUACUGUUGCUACACAUAUACGAUAAUAGGCAGAAAGAACUUGGCUUCCAGAUCCCUGGUCGUGUUUGCAGUGCUGGGGGGAAAUAAUCUUUGUAAAGCAGCAAAUCAGGUCUGGAAGUGUCAUUGAGAGAGAAUAAAUAUGGGAGUACACCAAGUCCUUAGUCUGAAUAUAGCUUCACUCUUAAGGGUACGUCUGCUCUUGGAGCUAGGGACGGGGUGUGUGAUUCCCAGCUCGAGGAGACAUACCCAUGCUAGCUCUGAUUGAACGAGCAUGCUCAAAGUACAAUGUAGUGAGUGGCAGGAGGCGCUAACCGCCCUGAGGACAUACCCGUCCGAGACCCUAGAAACAUACUCAGGGUGGCUAACCCAGCGUGCAGCUCACCCUGCUGCGGCUACUUUCUAUUUUUAGCGGACUAGCUCAGUGGGAGUUCACACAGGUAUGACUCCUUGAGGAGGGAAUCACACGGCCCCAGCUGCAAGUGCAGACAUACUCACUGGUCUCUCAGCUACAGCUGUGCACGAUCAAUGAUAUGGCUUCAGCUGAAGGAGUUACAUGAGCACAUGCAACUCAGGGGCAGCUGGUGAACUUUAGGGCAAGUGGGGCAUAGCAGAAACCCCCAGGGCUCCCACACACACACACUUAGCACCAGAACUCUGGGUGCUCUUCUCUUCCCCCGCAUUCCCACCUUGCUUAACCCUGGCCUCUAAAGUCUCCCUCCUCCCCCCUCCCUUCACCUGAAUAUCUCCUUAUUCCCCCAGCCCCUGUUCCCCACUAGUCCCAAGCCCCUGAGGCUUCUUCACCUCCUAGGCCAGGAGUGACUGACAGAUUUACCCAUUCAGCAGAGUGGCUCUUCUCCUGAGCCUUUUGCCUUUCUUCUUGAUUCCCUGGGGCCUCUCACAGCUCCUUGUCAGUUCCUCCUGCCUCUUCUCCUCUCCUACAGACUGUGCAGUCAAGAUCUAAGAGGAAGCAAGCGGUGGGGAUUUUGAGUGGCCUUUGAGUGGUGCCUGGAGCCGCCCCUGUAAGGACCCCUACCUCUCCCCUAGGUGUAAAGCAAAAGGGUGUCAAUGCUCAGGUUGACAACCCACUCUCUAGCAAAUAUCAUUAUUAUUGAUGAUUUGUAUUGUGGUAGCACUAGGAGCCCCAGUCAUGAACCAGGUCCCCAUUGAGCUAGGUGUUGCACAAACACAGAACAAAAAGAUGGUGUCGCCCCCAAAGGUUUUCCAGUUUAAGUUGAACAUGUUCUACUUGUUAAUGCAGAAGUGUUUAGCUAUUGUUUGUGCCAUCAGUUACGUCUCUUUAAGUGCUACAAAUGAAUAUGUGCAUCAGGAGACAUCGUGAAACCCCAUGAUGAUUAUUAGAUGGAAGAGUCUCAUAAGGUACUUCCAAUAGGACAAACUACAGCCUGGUUCCUAUAGUCUCUACUAAAGCAAAACUCCCUUUGACUUCAGUGAAAAUUUUGCCUGAGUAGGGGGUGCUGCAUUGGGUCUAUCGUUUUUUAAAACCUUAAUAUUCACAAAUUUAUUUUUAUUUAUUUUUAUACUCAAGACAGCUGAUGAUUUUAAAUUAUUUACUACCCCAAGGAUAUCUGAAAAUCAUAUUGGUUAUUCUAGAUCAUGGUUAUGUUUACUUUUACUCUUGUAAUAU